UAAUACGUGAUGGUCGAUCCCAAAAAUCAUCAUCAAUUAGUGUUCUUCUCUUGGUUAGAAAGAAAGGGAAACCCCAUGGUCAAAGGACACUAGCAGGCCAUCGAGGGGCUUGAGACACCUGGCCACCCCUUUGUGUUGGCUUGCAGUGCCUUCACUUAGGAAAGAUUUAUCAGGCUAUCCACACGCUCUAUUGGGUAGAACCCUUUGUAAUGUUUUUUGUGAAAUGGUAACUUAGUUUCUCUAGUCACUGUGAUACUCUAACCAAUUUAAUUCUACAGCGCAACCUUUUUUUUUUCUAGUUAUUAAAUUACUAUUGAUUUAAUAUUAUAAUUAUACACAACUCUAAUACGAUUCCAAAAUUUUGAUUAGAAAGCCCAAUUCUUUGGGUGGAUACUAAAUUUCAUUUUCAAUUUAUGUCGUAAAAUAUAUGAUUAUAUAAAUAUAAUUGAAACAAUUAUGUUAAGUAAGGGUGGUUUAGGACUUAAAAGCCCUCCAAUUAAUACAAGAGUGGGAUUAAGCAAAUUGCUCCCAUACCAAGACUAACGUUCGACCACAACCCAAAUCACAGAUUAUAUUAUCCUAAUCUUUUUUUGGCUUAAACCAUUCAGAUUGUAGUGGUAAGCAACAAUUUCAAAAAAUAUUUUAUAUUUUUGGGUACCAUGGGUUUGAAAAAAGUACGCAAAUAUGGGCAAAAGUAGAAGCUUGUCUUUCGGGAAUUUGAGGUGGCUAAUGUAUGGUUUGAAACUUGAUGGACCCCACCCCCAAACUCUACCUCUUUGAAGGCCACCUACAUCCACAUUCUUCCAUCCAAUCCUUCCUCGGUCUUCUCCGGCACACCCGCAAAAGUACAGCGUGCAUACCUUCCAAAUAGCCCGUCACCUUGCCCUUAUUCAUGUUGAUAUCAACCUUAUUGUCUUCAGUAAGUGUCUCUUCAAUUCAAAUCUUGGGUUUGGUUGACUUCCAUACAGAGUUAGACCAUCAAUGCCAGGCGCCAUCCAUGUUUCAGUUCUGGACUUCAAGGAUCUUCCAUCUUCAUCAAUUUUAGUGAAGGUUUCCAUGGGGAAAAGAGAAUAUCAAACAUGGGACAAGGGCGAAUUCUCUUUUACAGCCCGUUGACAACCCUUCGUGACAAUGUGACUAUUACACUUUGGGAUGUUGAGGGGAACGAAAUGUCACACAGAGUUGUUCAAACCUUGUUGGUUCUGGAAAAAGGUUCCUGGGAUGAUUUUAUUCCCCUUGAAGGAGGGGGACAGGUGCAUAUGAAUAUGCAGUUUGUCCUCAGUGAAGAAGAGCGCAAUCGGAUUCGUAGCAUGAGAGAAUCUGCAAUGAAGAAGAAAUAUGGUGAACAGCUUAGUAGCGGUCUUAGAUGUUCAGAGAUGGCUAGUUCUGCUGGUGGUAUUCUUGUGUCUUCUUCAUUUGCAAGCAUUGAGGUCUCAGGCUGUUGCACUUCUACUGAAAAGGCCUUGAUGUUGAGUGGUCUGUCUUCUCAAGAUUCGCUGAAAUGUGGGACACACAAUGAGGUGGUGAGCAAUAGAGAUCUAUCUGCUGGCGUAUUGUCCAAUUCAAAACAUGAUGCUGGGAAACACGAACGAAAAUUUCCUGUUACCCAAAUUUUCAGAAAUGAUACAGAUGGAAGUGAAGAGACUUCAUCUACAGCCUGUGUGUCAAAAAGAAGGAAUGUGCAUCUAGGUGAGAUAAAUCACAGUAACUCAGUUGAGCAAAUUGGAACCUGGUCAUUCCAUCUUGAUGAUCCUGAAAGACAUGUUUAUUUUCAAGAUACUCCCUCAACUACAGAGAAGACUUCAGUUGCCUCCAUCCUGAAGAAUUGGCAGGCCGAUCAACUGGAGAAGCAGGAACCACUUGAGAAAACUUCUAGCAAUGUAAGGAAGGUAAUAAGUGCCUUUGAAAGUAGUCUAGCUAAGGAUAUGAGAGUUGGAAUGAAACCAUCGCCUUCAAAAUUGCAUUCUGAUAAAGUUGGACCAGAAGCUCACAUUGAAGUAGAUUUGAAAAAAAUAAAUCAGCCGGGCAAACUGCCUUCUGGAAGGCUCAAGAACCCUUUUCUAACUGGGGAGUUGCAACAUAUCCAGGUAUACAAAACAUUAAGGGAAGAUUCACACGGGAGCAAAUUUUCUCAGGAUUCUGGGCAGUUGAAGGAGCCAAGUGCAAUACAGAUUGAACCGAUGACAAAGCACAAAAAGCCACUCGAACAUUUGGUGAGAAUACCUGAAGUUGAAGCAACUACAGUUUCACAAAGCAUGGAUAAGGGGCGAUCCUUUCCGGCUAACCAGCUAGGUUCAAGUAGUGGUACAUUUAUGGAGGGGAAUGCAAUUGACAUUCGCCCAACUGAUUCACACGAAAUUUAUACCUUAGGAUCUUCGGAGGAUAAAUUGAAGUCAGCAGCUUUUUUUGAAAAUGAUAAUCUUUCUUCUGAAAUCUAUGAUACCUGGAUAUUUCCAGAUCAUGCCAAAAGAUUAUGUAUAACAACUGGAAGCAAACAAAUAAUGGAUUUAGUAGGAAGCUGUGGGAUUCAAGAAAGGGUUCAUAAAAGCGAGCAGAGAUGCCAAUUUCCAGAAAAUGUGGAGAAGUUUUCAAGCCACAAGGAGGUGAAGAAAGGUGGCAGAACUUCUCCCGAGUUGAGAAAAUCAACAUUUGAGAGUUCUCUGGAAGAUGAAACUGCUCGUGGACCAAUGGGACAGGCAAUAAAAGUUGCAAUAAUGAUAGCUUUCGGCACACUUGUUCUUCUUACAAGACAAAGAAAACCCAGAUAAGAGCUCGUUUAUGGGAUUGAAUACAACUCGUCUCUUCACCACCCGCAGGGCCAGAACAGUUUCUCUUAAUUUCUUUUUGUUGCAUUUAGUAGAACAUCGACAAACAAGCUCUGCAGGGUUGCUUAUGCAGAUUGUUCUGUUGUAAAUUUCAGUCACAGUGAUUUUUAUUUGUAUUAUAUUUUAACUAUUUUUAUAUUAAAAUUUAUAUUUAUAAAAAAAAUCUUAUAUUCUUUUAA